AUGAAGAGAAAAGCCGAAAACCAAUUGCAGGCCAAGAAGUCUCUGAAGAAGAAGGCCAAAAAGCAGCUCACCGAGCAAGAGACGAAAGAAAGGUUCCGGAGCGGCCUCUUUGACAAGGACGUGCUCGCCAAGUACUCAAAAGAGUACAAGACAUCAACACCCUACAAACACUGCGUUAUCCACGAGCUCGUCGACGACAAACUAUUACGCUCCGUCCGCGACGAGAUCCGCGAGAAUGUCUCCUUCACCCCCAAGGAGACCGACAUCUACAAAAUCCACCAGUCCGGCGACCUCGCCAACCUGGAUGGGCUCGACGACGAGGCCCUGGCGAAGCUGCCCUCUCUCCUGGCACUGCGCGAUGCCAUCUACUCGGACACAUUUCGGAACUAUGUCUCGGACAUCACCGGUUGUGGUCCCCUGAGCGGCCGCAAGACGGACAUGGCCAUCAACGUCUACACGCCCGGAUGCUACCUUCUUUGCCACGACGACGUUAUUGGCAGCAGGAAGGUCAGCUACAUUCUGUAUCUCGUCGACCCGGACAUACCGUGGAAACCUGAAUGGGGUGGUGCUCUGCGCCUCUUCCCCGUCACCGAGCGCAAAGGCAAAGGCGGCGCCGUGGCCAAGACGGUGGAGCCCGACGUCGUCAAGGUCAUCCCACCCGCCUGGAACCAGCUGAGCUUCUUUGCCGUCCAGCCGGGCCAGAGCUUCCAUGACGUGGAAGAGGUGUACCAUGCCAAGACCAAGGCUGAGCUGGAAAAACAGGGCGGCCGCGUGCGCAUGGCCAUCAGUGGCUGGUUUCACAUUCCACAGAUUGGCGAGGACGGUUACGUCAAGGGUGCAGAGGAGGAGCAGGUCAAGAACAGUGGCCUCAUGCAACUGCAAGGCAACCCGCAUCAGCAUGACCUGCCGCGGGAGGAACCCAAGCCCGUCGAGCAAGGGGACUCACAGGACAUUGUCGAGUUUGAUGAGAAGGACCUCGAGUUCCUGCUCAAGUACAUGGCCCCGACCUAUCUCACGCCAGACACACUCGAGCGGGCAUCAGAGUACUUUGAGGAAAACUCCAGCAUAACGCUGGCUGAUAUUCUCAACCGAAAGUACGCCGCCAAGCUGCGGGAGUACAUCAUUCAACAAGAAGCAGCCGAGAUCCCCUCUCAAUCCGCAGAGAUUGAGAAGAAGACGCCGUGGAAGGUUGCUCGCCCGCCCCACAAGCACCGUUUCCUCUACAUGCAGGAAACAGAAGAGAAUGCGGCUGGGCAAGGUCAAACUGACGAGAACCCGCUCCGUGAGCUCCUGGACGUCUUUCUCCCCAGUCGGCAGUUCCGCGCGUGGCUUCAAAUGGCCACUGGCUGUGUUAUCAAGUCGCACUAUUCAAUAGCGCGUCGGUUCCGGAGGGGAGAGGAUUACACCCUUGCCAUGGGUCACGAUGGGGAUGCUCGCCUGGAGUUGAAUUUUGGUCUGACGCCCACUCAGGGCUGGGGUGACGAUCAAGAGGAUGGCGAGGACGAUGAGGAGGAAGAGGAAGAUGCGGAGGAAAAUGGCGCCAAAGCCAAAGGCAAGAAGAACGGCAAGGGCAAGAACAAGGCGGAGCCUAAAGCCAAAUCCAAAAAGAAGGGCAGUCAAGAGAAAAAUACAAAAGAAGAAGCGGUAGAGCCCGAAGAUGUCGGAGGCCACGAGGUUUACAUGGCUGGCGACGAGGACGAGGGCGCGGACGCUGCUGUGUAUCGUGCUGGUGGAGCCGACGACGACAACAUUCUCUUCUUCCAGGCGGCAUCGUGGAACAAGCUGACAAUCGUGUUGAGGGACAGCGGGGCCCUCCGGUUUGUCAAGUAUGUGAGCAAGGCUGCCAAGGGUGACCGAUGGGAUAUCUCGGCGCACUUUGACGUUGAGGAUGAGGACCAAGACGAAGAAGAAGGAAAAGGCGGAGAGGCUGUUGUCGGCGUACAGGACGAUACCUCUGAGGAAGAGUUCAAGGGUUUCUCGGACAGUGAAGACAGCGAUUCAGACUAG